GUUAGCAUGUUUGACUGCACACUGCGCUCAGACAACUUGAUACAGAGUAACAGUAAAUCAGACAGAGCAGCUCCUACAGCACCAGCAGUGAAAUUGUAACCCUGUUGCAAGUAUUUUUGGCCGCUGAUAGGACCGAGUGAGAUCACUGCGGUCUCUUUUCUCGGAUAGACUCAAGAGUUGUUCGGCAGGAGCAACGCAGGGACCGUUUUCUCAUUUCUGCUAUAUCUCAAUAUUAUACCACACUGGAAAUGUCCGAAAACAAGCCGAAUGAUGAACCGAAGUUAUCUACGACGGACAGGGUGGUGAAAUCUGUCCCGUUCCCCCCCAGUCACCGGCUGACGGCUAAAGAGGUGUUUGACAGCGAUGGGAAGCCCAAAGUGGACGUGCUGAAAGCGCACCUAACCAAGGAGGGUCGCGUGGAGGAGGCGGUGGCCCUGAGGCUCAUAGGGGAGGGGGCCACCAUCCUGCGCGCAGAGAAGAAUCUGCUGGACAUCGAGGCCCCUGUGACAGUGUGCGGAGACAUCCAUGGGCAGUUCUUUGACCUGAUGAAGCUGUUUGAAGUGGGAGGAUCACCAGCAUCCACGCGCUACCUUUUCCUGGGGGACUACGUUGACAGAGGGUAUUUCAGUAUUGAAUGUGUGCUGUACUUGUGGGCCUUAAAGAUCCUUUACCCCAAAACACUGUUUUUGCUGCGUGGGAAUCAUGAAUGUAGACAUUUAACAGAGUAUUUCACAUUUAAGCAGGAAUGUAGAAUUAAGUAUUCAGAGCGGAUAUAUGACGCAUGUAUGGACGCCUUCGACUGCCUUCCCCUGGCUGCACUUAUGAACCAGCAGUUCCUGUGUGUACACGGAGGGCUGUCUCCAGAAAUCACAAAUCUUGACGACAUCAGGAAACUAGACAGAUUCAAAGAGCCCCCGGCAUACGGACCGAUGUGCGAUCUGCUGUGGUCCGACCCCCUGGAGGACUUUGGGAACGAGAAGAGCCAAGAGCAUUUCACACACAACACAGUGCGAGGCUGCUCCUACUUCUACAGCUACCCUGCAGUCUGUGACUUUCUACAACACAAUAACUUAUUAUCCGUCAUCCGGGCCCAUGAAGCGCAGGAUGCUGGAUAUCGCAUGUACAGAAAGAGUCAGACCACUGGCUUCCCGUCCCUUAUCACCAUCUUCUCCGCACCCAACUACCUAGAUGUCUACAACAACAAAGCGGCGGUGCUGAAGUACGAGAACAACGUGAUGAACAUCCGACAGUUCAACUGUUCCCCCCACCCCUACUGGCUGCCCAACUUCAUGGACGUCUUCACCUGGUCCCUGCCCUUCGUCGGGGAGAAGGUGACUGAGAUGUUGGUGAACGUGUUGAGCAUCUGCUCCAAUGACGAGCUGACGACUGACGAGGAGCUGGACGGUGCCACAGCUUCUGCCCGCAAGGAGGUCAUCCGCAACAAGAUCCGCGCCAUCGGCAAGAUGGCCCGAGUGUUCUCUGUGCUCAGAGAGGAGAGUGAGAGCGUGCUGACGCUGAAGGGCCUGACCCCGACCGGCAUGCUGCCCAGCGGAGUUCUGUCCGGAGGCAAGGAGAAGCUGCAGAAUGAAACCGCAGCUACUAUUGAAGCUAUUGAGGCUGACGAAGCCAUCAAAGGCUUCUCGCCCCAGCACAAGAUCACCAGCUUCGCAGAAGCCAAGGGUCUGGACCGCAUCAACGAGAGGAUGCCGCCGCGGCGAGACGCCAGCCUCAACUCGUCCGACGCCAGCCUCAACUCGCUCAACAAGGCGUUGUCCUCGGAGACUAACGGCACGGACGCCAAGGGCAGCACCAGCAGCGACAGCAACAUCCAGUGAAGGCAGCACGGAGCCUCUUUGGCCAGAGGGGCCGCCCAGCCCCCAGUCUCAUCACGGCCCCCAGUCUCAUCACGGCCCCCAGUCUCAUCACGGCCCCCACCGCAGGAGGGGCAAAGAAGGGGGAGAGUUGGAUUGUGGAGAGGGGAGGCAUCUAUGGCUCGCGCUGGGGGCCCAUCUCACUUUCUAGUCUUUGGAUAUGCCUUCUAAAUAUUAGUUCAUAAUAAAAUCUGCUAAGUUAUUGCCGGGUCACAUUUCUGAAGCUCAGGCCUUUAGUGAGCGCGAUCCUCCACCCCCCUGCGGAUAGUCGGAGAGAAACAGAUCUUAAAGGUGAAUCAUUUUCUUUUAUUUCUUGAAAGACCCUUUGCUCAUUUACACAGAAAGCCGUGUAACUUCUUACUAACUAUUGUACGUUUACAAAAAUACAGCACUAAAAAGGACAGAACAUGAGAUCGUGUUUUUAACAUAUAAGGGUGUACAAACUAAAUAAGGACUAUUUAUUGAUAACUUUUUUUUGCUACUCUUAUAAAAUAGCUCUGAAAUUAAUUAGGCAGUCUUAAAAAGAAUGUUGCAAUGUUGUCGAAAUGCCAAAUAUUGGAACAUUUUAUGGUUUUGUACAUAUUAUGCUUACCUCAGGUUCUUUUGGUGUGUGCUUUGACCUGAUUUUUCUGUAUAAUGGCUAAAUAACUCGGUAAUGAAUACCUAUUUUCUUGAGUUUCAUAACUGGAAUUUACAUUUACCUAUCUAUCAUUUGCAAAUAUGUUUAUUUUGUUUGUCUCUUUUGGAAGGGGGGAGGGGUAGAUUUAUCGUGGCUUGCUGGAAUUGAGUGUUCAUUUUUCUCUUUUUAAGUAUUGCGAACAAAGUAAAAAUAGAGAACCUAUAUUGUGUAAAAAAGAAAAUACAAUAAACUUAAAGUGUCUGCCUAUGCAUGUUUUAUAAAAAUCAAACAAAGGAAAUCUGAAUACCUUGGCUGUGGAGGCCUGUUUUGAGAUAUAUUGCGCUUUAGUGAACAUAUACUGGAAACGUAUACCUGCAUACUUUCAAUUAACACCAUGAUGCUCUAUGCCUUCAACUUCUUUUGUAAUUGAAGCAUUUAAUUAUCUAAGAUGGAUGAGAAAUCAUAUUUUUAACCUACGCUUGUAAGUGCACACAGUCCAAUUAAGCAUGUUUGACAAUUCUUGUGAGGUGUGUGGUUACAUGUGUAACUCAAAAAUGCAUGAUUAGCUGUUUGUGUCAUAUAACAGGUAAAUCAGUUUUGUUCUGUUUUGUAAAUGUGCCACAGAAAGUGUAAUUUGAUUAUUAUUAUUACCAUUAUUAUUUGGAACUCUACUUUGUAUAUCAGUUACAGGUUUGAUACUGCUCAAUACUUUAAGAUGAAACUAAAAAAAUAAAUAACUUUGAUCUUUUUUAAGAACUGCUUAAGUGCCCAAGUAAUUCACUACACGACAUGAAGCCUUGCUUUUUGUAAUUUAACUUCAAAACUGUUGGCAGAUGAGGCAUGCACUUGCAACUAUGAAAAGUAUUUUAUAUAACUGUUCAAUAAAAAUGUGCAUGAAUUUCAACUUGAAAUGAA